UGAUUGGUCAGUUCAGGCCAGCUGUCUGUGACGCCGCAGGCAGCAGCAGGUGUGGACGGACUGUCUGUAGUGUUUUGAUGUCGUCGGCCCAACAUGACGGGACCUUCAGUCAGCUCAAUAAGUUUGAGAAACUGUCGUGGAGGCCCUCCAUCCGAGACUCGGGCUCUAAGAAGCGGGCACGGUGGCUUCAGGCUCGACGCAUCUUCUCCCCUUCCUGCCCUAACCUGCGGAUCCCCAACAGGUUUCUGAGAGAAGGGCACUGUGUACCCCCUGCGCGGAGUGGACACCGCUGUGUUGCAGACAGCACCAACCUGUACGUGUUUGGAGGCUACAACCCAGACUUUGAGGAGGCAGGCGGGUCUGAGAAUGAGGACUACCCUCUUUUCAGGGAGCUUUGGCGGUUUCAUUUUGCCACAGCCACGUGGCAACAGGUCCGCACGGAGGGUUACAUGCCUACAGAGCUGGCCUCUAUGUCAGCUGUUCUACAUGGCAACAACUUGCUUGUGUUUGGCGGCACUGGGAUUCCGUUUGGUGAAAACAAUGGCAAUGACAUCCACGUUUGCAAUGUUCAGUACAAACGAUGGAACCUGCUCAACUGCAGAGGGAAGAAGCCCAACAAGAUCUACGGGCAGGCGAUGGUCAUCAUAAAUGGCUACCUCUAUGUGUUUGGAGGGACAACAGGCUACCUUUACAGCACCGACCUGCAUAGGCUGGACCUGACCACCAGGGAGUGGACCCAUCUCAAACCCAACAACGCAUCCUCAGAUCUACCAGAAGAGAGGUAUAGACAUGAGCUAGCUCAUGAUGGACAGAGAAUAUACAUUUUAGGAGGUGGAACUUCCUGGACAUCAUAUCCCCUGGACAAGAUUCACGCAUAUAACUUGGAGACAAAUUACUGGGAGGAAAUAAUCACCAAACCACAUGAAAAAAUAGGAUAUCCCGGUGCCCGCCGUUGUCACAGCUGCGUGCAGGUCAAAAAUGAGGUGUUUAUAUGUGGGGGUUAUAAUGGAGAGCAUAUCCUAUCGGACCUGUGGAAGAUCAACCUGCAGACUUUUCAGUGGACCAGGCUGCCUGCCGUCAUGCCAGAACCAGCCUACUUUCACUGUGCUGCAGUCACUCCGGCCGGCUGUAUGUAUGUCCACGGUGGUGUCGUCAACACGUCAGGGAAUCGAAGGACUGGCUCUUUGUACAAAGUGUGGUUGGUGGUGCCCAGCCUGCUGGAACUGACCUGGGAAAAACUGCUGAAAACCUUCCCUCACUUAGCCCAACUGUCCACGCUUCAGCUGCUCAGCCUGGGUCUCACACACACACUAAUUCAGCGACUCAAAUAGAGGGAGCACAGAGACCGAAGGAAGCAGUAUGUGGUGGAGCAGCACUGACUCUAAAAUUGCUGAUAACUCAGCAAAAACAGUUCUUGAAAGAAAGUCAGAUGGUUAUGAAAAAACUUUGAAUGCCUUUUAACUCUAGUCUUAUGUAGAAGUGUGUGUGCGUUUUUUUUUUUUUUUUUCUCUCUCUAAAAUGCAAAGUGCAAUGUUCAAGUUUUUCUGUAUGUCAAUGUGUCAGAUUUGAGUGUGCACGUACCCGUCAGAAGCCAUGCAUCAGUGUGGGAACCAGAAUCCCUCUGUGCUGAUUUCCACUUCCUUGUCCCGCAGAGGUAUCUUGUGCAAUGCUCAUCAUUUAUGUAGUGCACUCUUGAGUUUUUUAUUUAUUUUUUUUUUUUAAACCACACAUCAAUGUCACAGAAACUUGCAGAGCAUAAGCAGGGAUACUGAAAACCAAUUCUUGAAAAGCAAAAUGAAGUGAAGUGUUUGCUGGAGUGAAAUUUUUUUUUUAAGCUUCCAUUCAGAGGUUGAGAUACGCUUGUGUCACUGUUGCUGAAGUGAUGACGCGUUGCUGCCAGUCAGCCGCUGCUACGCCCACUGUGACAUAGGUAAGAUUUAGUUUCAAACGGGAGACAAUUUGUGAACCAGUUUGUAUCCUGAGGGAGAACUUUCCAUUCAGUUAGUUAGAAAUCAGUUAGAUUCUCUGAAAAGUGCCACGCUGCUUAUAAUGCAUGAUAUAACUGUGAUCUCUUAACAGUCUAACCAGAUCAGUUAUUUAAGGCAUCAUCUUUUAGCCUCAAGGACUUUCUGAUUGCAUGCUAAUAUCGAGCAGAGAUUAUAACUCUACAGUUCAAAUUGAAAAAUGUUCCCCUCACUGGUCACAUUGGGCCUUGUGAUCAGACGAAAUCCCAGAAGCCUCUUUAAAACAUCUGUGACAUGGCAUCACUGUGAAUCGUCUUGUGCCUCUGAUUCUUCUUUUUUGGAAAAAAUGAAGCUGAUCAAGUUAGAAAAUGAAUUUACACACCUGUAGCUCCAUGGCGAUUCUCGAGCCUUUAUUAUUUCUUCAUUGUGUGCCUUCUGAAUUUCCAAAUUGUCACACACCUUGUGUUUUUUUUUUAUAUUUCUGUAAAUGAGUCUUUUUAAGACUUGUGUUUCUUCAUUACUCUCUGAACUGUGAACACGCAGCCCCCCCCCC